CAUUUUAGGAAGCACGUGACACGUGCACCCAGCGCAGACAAGACAAUCGUCCCUCUAAAUUACCAACUUCUUCCAACUGACUUGUCCAUGCUUCCUUCCUACUGCCUAGCUUUCUCCGCCCAAAAUCUUCACUCUCACUAACAAUUCUCCACGCGGCCGUACACGGCGGACCUCGGCCUCCCCAUGGCGCAAUCUAUCAACCUCUUCAUUUCAAUCUCACACUCCACCAAGCCCUCGCUCGGCUCCCCCAACGCCGCUCUCCGUUUCGCCCUCGCGAAGAACCCUAGCCGGACCUCCCUCUGCAUCAGGGCCUCCGCCGCCUCGGACACAAAUCCGGCGUUUCUGACAUCAGAAAACGGCGGCGGCACCGUUUUGGCAGCCGAUCCUUUGCGCACGGUCGCUGAUUCCAGCUCAAUCGACGUGGAUGCGGUGACGGAGGCAGAGCUAAAGGAGAAUGGGUUCCGUAGCACGCGGCGGACGAAGCUGAUCUGCACGAUAGGCCCCGCCACGUGCGGGGCGGAGCAGCUGGAGGCGCUGGCGGUGGGCGGGAUGAAUGUGGCGAGGAUUAACAUGUGCCACGGCACCAGAGAGUGGCACCGGGAAGUGAUUGGGCGGGUCAGGAGGCUGAAUGAGGAGAAGGGAUAUGCGGUGGCCAUCAUGAUGGAUACGGAGGGGAGCGAGAUUCACAUGGGGGAUCUCGGUGGUGCUUCGUCGGCUAAAGCUGAGGAUGGUCAAAUCUGGACUUUCAGUGUUAGAGCUUUUGAUACGGCUCUUCCAGAGCGCACUAUUAAUGUGAACUAUGGUGGCUUUGCCGAAGAUGUAGAAAUAGGAGAUGAGCUUCUCGUAGAUGGUGGAAUGGUGAGGUUUGAAGUGAUUGAGAAAAUUGGUCCAGAUGUCAAGUGUCUUUGUACUGACCCUGGACUUCUAUUACCCCGGGCUAAUUUGACAUUCUGGCGUGAUGGGAGCCUGGUGCGUGAACGUAAUGCUAUGCUACCCACGAUAUCUUCUAAGGAUUGGUUGGACAUUGAUUUUGGGAUUGCUGAAGGUGUUGAUUUUAUUGCCAUAUCAUUCGUCAAGUCCGCUGAAGUCAUAAAGCAUCUUAAGAGCUAUAUCAAGGCACACGCUCCUGAUAGUGACAUCUCCGUAAUUGCGAAAAUCGAAAGUAUUGACUCGCUCACAAACUUGGAGGAAAUCGUUCUAGCUUCAGAUGGUGCAAUGGUGGCGAGAGGUGACCUCGGAGCCCAAAUCCCGCUAGAACAGGUUCCGUCUGAACAGCAAAGAAUAGUUCGAGUCUGUCGGCAGCUGAACAAGCCCGUAAUCGUUGCAAGUCAGCUGCUUGAAUCCAUGAUAGAGUACCCCACGCCAACUAGGGCUGAGGUGGCGGAUAUUUCCGAGGCAGUUCGCCAGCGUUCGGAUGCUCUUAUGCUUUCUGGAGAGUCUGCCAUGGGUCAAUACCCGGAAAAAGCAUUGACCGUUUUGAGAAGUGUGAGCCUGAGGAUCGAGAAAUGGUGGAGGGAGGAGAAAAGGCACGAGGCCAUGGAGCUGCCGGGCAUAGCAUCUUCCUUUGCUGAUCGUAUUUCGGAAGAGAUAUGUAACUCUGCUGCUAAGAUGGCCAACAACUUGGAGGUUGAUGCUAUAUUCGUUUACACAAAGAGUGGUGACAUGGCAUCCCUCCUUUCACGCUGUCGACCUGACUGCCCGAUUUUUGCAUUUACAACGACUACUUCUGUACGUCGGCGCCUGAAUCUGCAGUGGGGCCUCAUACCUUUCCGUUUGAGCUUCUCAGAUGACAUGGAAAGCAAUCUCAACAAGACUUUCUCGCUGCUCAAGGCCAGAGGAAUGAUAAAAUCGGGUGACCUGGUUAUUUCCAUCUCUGACAUGUUGCAGUCCAUUCAAGUUACUAAUGUCCCUUGAGAUUUUGUUCCUUGAGUCUUGUUGUUCAACUCCAAACAUGUUGUACCGAAUGUCUCGAGUGAUGCAAGUUUAGACCCUGAGCUGGGAUGUGUUUUCCUAUUUUUUGUUUCUGUUAUUUUGAAUUUUCAUAAAUGGUGAUAAGUAUUUAUUCUGAUUUGUUCUAUUAGAAGUUUCAUUUCAUUCAAGAUGACCAUAUAUCAUGUGAUCAAAUUAGUAUAAAUAUAUUC